UGCGAGUGGCCGGGGGUGGGGGCCAGCCCGAGGGUUGCUCAGGACACGGAAGCCCCUCGUCCUGCAGCCCUUCUUCUUCCUCCCGGGGCGCGACCCCGCGGGCUGCCGCGCUGGGGGGCCGCUCGAGCUGCGAGGAUCCGGGCUGCCCCGCCCGACGACCAGCGGGCGCCCAGCAUGGGGUGCAUGAAGUCCAGAUUCCUCCAGGAAAGGAGCAAAGCCUCAAAAACACAGGUCAGCAGCAAGCCAGAGAGCCCCGUGUACGUGCCGGACCCCAUAUCCUCGGGCAAGCGGAAGCCUAGUAGCAACGGCAACCCGCCGGGGAACACGGAGGGCUCCGAGGACCUGGUGGUCGCCCUGUAUGACUAUGAGGCCAUUCACCCUGAGGACCUCAGUUUCAAGAAGGGGGACAAGAUGGUGGUCCUGGAGGAGUCCGGGGAGUGGUGGAAGGCUCGGUCCGUGACCUCCCGGAAGGAGGGCUACAUCCCAAGCAACUAUGUCGCCCACGUGAACUCUCUGGAGACAGAAGAGUGGUUCUUCAAGGGCAUCAGCCGGAAGGAUGCAGAGCGCCACCUGCUGGCUCCUGGCAAUGUGCUGGGUUCCUUCAUGAUCCGGGACAGCGAGACCACCAAAGGGAGCUACUCUUUGUCCGUCCGAGACUAUGACCCCCAGCACAAGGAUACGGUGAAGCAUUACAAGAUCCGGACGCUGGACAAUGGGGGCUUCUACAUCUCCCCGCGGAGCACCUUUAACACCCUGCAGGAGCUGGUCGCCCACUAUAAGAAGGGGAGCGACGGGCUGUGCCAGAAGCUGACGGUGCCCUGCGUGUCCCCCAAGCCCCAGAAACCAUGGGAGAAAGACGCCUGGGAGAUCCCCCGGGAAUCCCUCAAGAUGGAGAAGAAGCUCGGAGCUGGGCAGUUUGGGGAAGUCUGGAUGGCCACCUACAACAAGCACACCAAGGUGGCCGUGAAGACCAUGAAGCCAGGCAGCAUGUCCCCGGAGGCCUUCCUGGCGGAGGCCAACCUGAUGAAGACGCUGCAGCAUGACAAGCUGGUGAAGCUGCACGCGGUGGUCACCGAGGAGCCCAUUUACAUCAUCACCGAGUUCAUGGCCAAAGGAAGCCUGCUGGAUUUCCUGAAAAGUGAUGAGGGCAGCAGGCAGCCUCUGCCCAAACUCAUUGACUUCUCGGCCCAGAUUGCAGAGGGCAUGGCCUUCAUCGAGCGGAGGAACUACAUUCACCGAGACCUCCGCGCCGCCAACAUCUUGGUCUCCGCGUCCCUGGUGUGCAAGAUCGCCGACUUUGGGCUCGCUCGGAUCAUCGAGGACAAUGAGUACACGGCUCGGGAAGGGGCCAAGUUCCCCAUCAAGUGGACGGCUCCGGAAGCCAUCAACUUCGGCUCCUUCACCAUCAAAUCUGACGUCUGGUCCUUUGGCAUCCUGCUGAUGGAGAUCGUCACCUACGGCCGCAUCCCCUACCCGGGAAUGUCCAACCCCGAAGUGAUCCGGUCCCUGGAGCGCGGCUACCGGAUGCCGCGCCCUGAGCACUGCCCCGAGGAGCUCUACAACAUCAUGGUGCGCUGCUGGAAGAACCGCCCCGAGGAGCGGCCCACCUUCGAGUACAUCCAGAGCGUGCUGGAAGACUUCUACACGGCCACCGAGAGCCAGUACCAACAGCAGCCGUGAGCCCAGAGGCACCUGCACGGCCCCCGCUGCUCCACGGCCACAGCGCCCCCUGCUGGCCCAGUGGGUACAUUGCGCAGGGCAAUCCUUUUGGCUCUUGAAAUCCAGUCUCCAGACAAUUUCUCUUUGACUCGCAAUCCACAAUCUAGGCUCCUCAGAAGACUCCGAAUUGAUUUUUCUAUGCCUGGGACAGCCGGAACGGAUUCUGGUUCAGUUCAUGCCUUGCAUGGGG